CCUGUAUGGCACAGCUGGAUGGAACCAGUGCCCUGUAUGGCACAGCUGGAUGGGGACCAGUGCCCUGUAUGGCACAGCUGGAUGGGGACCAGUGCCCUGUAUGGCACAGCUGGAUGGGAACCAGUGCCCUGUAUGGCACAGCUGGAUGGGUUUAAUGGGGACAUGGUGCCAUAGCCACUGAGGAGUGGCCACUGUGUAUGGGGGGGUAGACCCAUACACAUACAAAGACCCCUGGGGGGCCAUUGGUGCCCCCACAUCCCUGCUCAGCCCCACACAUUCAGUGGGUCCCUGCUGCUGGCUCUGGGUUCUGUGCACAUCACAGUGCUCAGCUGUCAUGGGGUGCUGCUCAGUGCCACGCAUGGUGCUCCCUGCUCCCAGGGCUGGUUUUAACCCUUACCAUGAUCCUUUUAAUGGCCCUGGAGGUGUGUGGUGCUAUGGGGACACGGAUGUAGGCAGAGAUGGGGCAGACCUUGCCCAGUGCUGGACGCACGGAGCUGGGAGCAGCACAGCUCUGUUAUAUGCAUGGUGGGAUUCUGUUCCCAGCAGGGCUGGAGAUGGAGGAGAGCAGCAAGGGGAGCAAGAAACUGGACGCCAUGACGCUGAUCAAGGAAGACAUGUCCAUCUUCGGCCACUGCCCGGCGCACGAUGAGUUCUACCUGGUGGUGUGCAACCACUGCAGCCAGGUGGUGAAGCCACAGGCCUUCCAGAAGCACUGCGAACGGCGGCACGGCCCGCUCAGCAAGCUGUACUCCAAGUGCCACGCCAUCAAUGGGCAGCCAGCAGGUAAAGCACCGCGGGACAAGGGGCCGGCAGCACGCAGCAGGGCUCAGCCUCUGCCUGAGAAAGCACAGAAGGACAACAACCUCUGCCUGUUCAUGCCGGUGGUCAACCUGGAGAAGAUCCCCAGCUUCCCCAAGCCGGAGGGGCUCAAAACGGCCCCUAAGACCCCCCCCAAAGUGCCCGCAGCACCACCAGCCCCCAGCCCCACGGAGCCCCCAGGGAGACCCUCCCCCGCGCCGCCUCCGCCGCCCAAAGAGCCCCCUGGGGUGGGGGGGGACCCGCUGCCACCCCCCCCUGUGCUUAAAACAGGGGAGAAGGAGCCGGGGGUCUGCAGGCCGCCCCCCAGGGCACACAAGAAGCUGAACCGGAAGGAGUGUGACCUGAACCGGCAGUGUGGUGUGCUGAACCCCGACACCAAGAAGGUCUGCACCCGCCUGCUCACCUGCAAGAUCCACUCCGUGCACCAGCGGCGCGAGGUGCAGGGCCGUGCCAAGGACUUUGACGUGCUGGUGGCCGAGCUGAAGGCCAGCUCCCGCCGUGAGACCCCGAAGGAGAAGAGCCCCCCCAGGAAGGACCCCCCCGGCACCGAGCCGCCCACCCCCCCUGCACUGCCACAGCCCCCCGCCGCCCCUCCUGGUGCAUCGCCCUGCUGCCCCAGACCCCCCCAUGCCCACUGCCCGCCCCCCAGGGCUCGUCUCUCCUCCGACAGCGACCCUGAGGAGGGCGACGGGGGGCUGUUCCCCUUCCCCCUGCCCAAGGAGGGGGGCAGCCGGGGGUCCAGCGAGGACAGCGAGGAGGAGGGGGCUGCUGAGGACCCCCACCACCCUGACUGCCACUACGCCGCCCGCCCACCGCGGCCACAAGCGCCACCCCACGCUCGGACCCCCCCGGCUCCCACCGGUCCCCGUGACGGCCGCGUCCCCGCCGGCAUCAACUACACGGUGGGAUCCCCGCACGCCGCCGCCGCCUGCAGCCAACCGGAUUCCGGGGGGGGCGGCAGCCAGUCCAUCACGUCCCCGCUGCCGGCCAACAUCCCGUCGCCGUCGUUCAGCAAGUUGCCUUCCACCAAGGCCAGCAAAUCCUCCCGAGCCAAGGAAGCGGCCGCCGGGACGGAACCGGACUCGGUCGCUCGGAAACGCAAACAACCGCUGGGGGCGGCCGCCAGCCCCCCCUACAAACGGACCUGCUCCGGGGACGGGGCCAAAAGCAAAAGCUCCCCCUGCCGGGUCUCGCCCCCCCCCGGUAAAACGAAAAGCUCCGCCGUGUCGGCGCUCAACGGCUCCGUGUGUGCGGGCAGCAGGAUGAAGCGAGCGCUGCCCCCGGACUGCCGGCCCCCCCCGGAGCCGCGGGGCUCCCCGUUACACGGGGUCGGGAUCCCCCCGCCCCCCCCCCGCUGUAUUUCGGAGGAUGAGGUGAAGAAACGCAAGAACUCGGCCACCUAUUGCCGGCCCUCCAAGCCCAAACACGCCGCCCCCCCGCCCGCCCCCAGCCCCGCGACCCCCGACCUGGGCUGCUCCGUCCGUAGGAAGAAGCCGGGAGGUGCCCUGGGCUUCGAGGAGAAACGGAGCGUCCUGAAGGUAAGGGAUGGGGGGGGGGUAUGGGUGUACCCCAGUUAUGGGUGUACCCCAGUUAUGGGUGUACCCCCAGUUAUGGGUGUACCCCAGUUAUGGGUGGGAGAUGACAGGAGAAACGGGGAGGACCCCAUCGGGAUGUCCUGAAC